UGUUGUCGAUUUUAUUUUAGCGCUGCGUAAAUUAUUCGUGAAAUGCGCUAAUAAACAGCCCCAAUGUAAAUAAAAACGUGAGAAAAUGAUAACUUUCGGCUCCGGGAAUAGUUCGGGCGCUCUGGAGGACACAGGUGAAGUGAGAAGCAUUUGUGAGAGCAUUGGAAGCGAUGGCUCUAGUGCAACUGUGCAGGCUGGGGCCGCCAACCAGAGGCCCCGGAUGGAUAUUGCUUGUGUUCUUGACGUGAAUCAAUCAACAAAUCUUUCACACAGAAGAAGAGCACUUGAAGAAGUGCGUCUAGCUUCUGACCUUGUGAAUGCUAACCUGCACCAUAUUCAUUUUGAGAAACUUGACUUUGGCGAGACAAGCGUCCUCGACACAUUCUACAAUGCGGACGUUGCGCUGGUGGACCUCAGUCUGCAAGUGCAACAGAGCUCGUUGCUGUACCAUCUGGGAGUGCGCGAGAGUUUUGACAUGAAGGAAAAUGUCCUGUUAUUCAAUGACAUUGAUCCAGACUCCACAUUGCGGCUAAAGAUGUCGCUGCCCAACUUCUUGUUUGUGUCGUACAAGUUGACCGACGCCGGCACUUGCGUGACGACCAAUCCCGCGGCGGCUAAGUUCAAAGGCGAAGAGUCGGCCGACCCAAAGCAACAUCUGACGUUGAGGCUGAGAAACAUACUGCAAGAUGUCGAAGUUCAAACUAAAGCCCAUCUCCAAGAGAAAUUCCUGUCCGAUCUUCGCAAAGCACGCGAGAUAUACAGCGGGCAAGAACUAUCUAACGUCUUACACGCUAUGCGUCGACGCCUAGACGACCCGGCCGUGCUAUCCGGGGAUACGAUACUGAACAUGUUGAUAUCCUACCGGGAGAUACAGGAUUACGAUGCGAUUGUACAAGUCGUGGACGAUCUGAAAACGAUUAUGAACAGGAAGAAUUAUGUGAACAUGCCUAUAAUUAGGUUCAUGUACGCGUUCGCUAUGAAUAGGCGGAACAAAGAAGGCGACAGAGAAAACGCAUUGAAAGUAUGCGUCAAGGCGUUAGAGAAGAAGGAAAAUCGGUUCCCAGACAUGCUGUGUCUGUGUGGACGUAUCUACAAAGAUAAAUUCGUUGAAUCUCAACAUCUAGACACGGAAAGCUUACAGAAUGCUAUACAUUGGUACAGACAAGGUUUUGAAGUGCAGCCAAAUGAAUAUGCAGGCAUUAAUUUGGCGACACUAUUAGUUAUAGCUGGGAACGACUUCAAAAAUUCACAAGAGCUGCAGCAUAUAGGUAUGGUCCUAAACCAUCUAAUAGGCAAGAAGGGCAGUCUAUCCUCACUGAAAGACUACUGGGAUGUGGCCACCUUCUUCGAGAUAUCAGUUCUAGCUCAGGACUACGUGAAAGCAAUACAGGCUGCCGAGGUUAUGUUCAAAUUGAAACCACCGAACUGGUAUUUGAAAUCCACGAUAGGGAACAUCGAGCUGAUUGACCGGUUUAGAAAAAAGAGCGAAGAGACAUCCCCAGAACAGCAAGUGUUUUCAUUUUGGAUGGAAUUCUUCGUGGAGGCAACAAAAAGUUGUAGCGAGAACAUCAUCAGGUUUCCUGUGCUAAUAUUAGAAACGACUAAGGAAUACAUACCAUCGUACGUGAACGUCAAUAUGGGCGCCGAAGAGAAGUCGGUGGAGAUUCUGAACCUCUGCAUGGAUUCUAUGAGAGGCACCUGUCGACAGGUGCACCGGUGGCUGUUCACCUCUGACAUGAUCAGGACUUACAGUUUAUACAAACGCGACGAGCGAUGCCUCUUCCUAUACGUGAGCGAGAACUCAGACGACUUCCAAAUAUUCCUCCCUUCCGAAGGGUGCAGGCAGCGACUUCACGAUUUGUUGGGGGAAAUGACCGCCGACCACGAGAAAGUCACCGAUUUGGACACCAGUGUCAUGCAGGAUCAGUUGAAGUUCGAAUACGAGUUGGACGAUUGCAACAAACGCGUGGUGCUUGGUAAAGGCACGUACGGCGUUGUAUACGCGGCCAGAGAUCUAAAUACACAAGUCCGCAUAGCAGUCAAGGAGAUUCCUGAGAAGAAUCUGGGCGAUGUCCAGCCUUUACAUGAGGAAAUCAUGCUGCAUUCACAGCUGAGGCACAGGAAUAUCGUUCAGUACCUUGGAUCAAUCUCUGAGAAUAACUACUUCAAGAUUUUCAUGGAGCAAGUGCCUGGAGGUUCUUUGUCUGCUCUUUUAAGGUCCAAAUGGGGUCCGUUGAAAGAAAACGAAGCCACAAUCGCUUAUUAUACCAAACAGAUCCUUGAAGGUCUAAAAUACCUCCACGACCAGAAAAUCGUCCACCGCGAUAUAAAAGGCGACAAUGUUCUCGUGAACACAUACAGUGGUGUGGUGAAGAUAUCCGACUUCGGGACGUCAAAGCGACUGGCCGGGCUGUGCCCUUCGACUGAAACAUUCGCGGGGACAUUGCAAUAUAUGGCCCCGGAGGUCAUAGAUAAAGGGCAGAGGGGAUACGGAGCGCCUGCUGACAUUUGGUCUUUGGGAUGCACCGUAGUAGAAAUGGCAACAGGCAACCCACCGUUCAUCGAAUUAGGAUCACCACAGGCGGCGUUGUUUAAGGUCGGAUACUAUAAAACGCAUCCAGAGAUUCCAAAUGAGCUGUCGCAGAGAGCGAAAAGUUUCAUCUUACGCUGUUUCAUACCUGAACCGGAGCAACGAGCCACAGCUGCUGAAUUGCUUGAAGACCCAUUUUUGUGCGAAAAGAAGAAGCAACCCAGUCGUCUCGGCAGUAGCAUGGACUACAGCCGGAGUAUAUCCGUCCCCGCCGACAAAGCCAGACCCCAGCUAGCUCAGAAGAAGAUAUCUGAACCUUCUUUACCUGGAAACCUGCCUAGCUCGCCUGAGAUUGAGGUGAAAACGAUCCGGUCUAACCCGACGAUUACACGGACGGCUUCGUCGAUGCUCUCACCGAUACUGAUAUACCCACCGGACUUGUCUACUAGCAGUACUAUGCCAAAUACUCCGUCCACCGAUGAGAUGGAUAGUAGCGAUACUAUCCUCAACAGGCGGAGUUCUUCGGGAGGUCUGCUGUCACCUGAGGUGGACAUGACAAGCGUACCUCGUUCAUCAAUAGAUGUAGAGCACGAUGGAUUUUAUCUGUUGAAAAAAGACUCGCAACGCCGUCUCACUCUUUCACGAGUGUUGGAGCAGGACAGUGAAAAAAUCUGCUCAAAAUGGAUGUUGAGUGUACAACAGGACUUUGGUAACACUCUUCUUACGAUGCAUCACCUAGAAACCCUCCGCCUAGCGCUCAAAGACUACAUAAUGGACCAGAACAGAAGCGUCAUAGAACAAGCCAUCACAACCUUGAAGGAGGAACUAGACUUCGACUCCAAGGCCAUAAACGAGCUUCAUGCCGCCAUCUAUAUGUUCCAAGAGGCAGUUAAUGCAGUACUGAGGAUGCACAGCAUAAAGCCCCAUUGGAUGUUUGCGCUGGAUAAUUUAGUGAGGAAUGCUGUGCAAGCCGCCAUUACUGUGUUGUCGCCAGAGCUAGGCGCCAACUUGGCGGGACAAGAGUCUCGGCGCGGCGCCAACAGCGGCUGCGCGGCGGCCGACGUGGCCACUCCUUCAGCCGUGUCCACCGCCAACUCCAGGGACCACCAGCUGCACCAGCUCCGCCAGGAGAACCACAAGUUACACCAAGAGCUGAUAGACAGCUAUCAGCAGUACCAGGCGUUGCUUAGACAAAUACUUGAAGAGCAGCGAAUGCAGACUCAAGUUAUGCGAGAUCUCGUGGACAGGAGGCCGAGUGAGAGCCCCCAAGAGACAGACGAGGAACAGUACAGCAUCCUCCGCGAGUGGGCGUGCCCUAGAGGCGUGCCCGACUCGGCGGCGCGCGCGCUCGCGGCGCACGAGUACACGCUCGGCGACCUGCUGGCGCACGCGCGGAGGGAGGACAUCGCCCGGCUCCAGCUCAAAGGCGGCGUAGAACUGCGAUUAUGGCGGGCCAUCCUCGACCACCGUCUACAAUCCACCACGAACCACCUGCGUCGCGCUAGCAGCACCGAAACCGAUAUGGACACCAACUCUAUCGUCGUAGUCGAGUGCAACCAAUGCAAGACUACCCGCAGAACCACUUCAAACAACUCCUCCUGUUCUAACAACCCUACGAUUGUGAUUAGGGAUCAGGUUAACGGCGAAGAUGACGUCACAGAGCUGGUGCCGGCAAAUGGAGACAGCCCUUGACUAUUGCGCGGGUGGUGCACUCUGCAGUAAGGCCAAGGACACACCAGUGUUAGGAUCUACGUAAAGGUUUACUGAAAUCAAAAAUAUAUAGGAAUUUGUUCGAUAAAGUCUAAAAUGCUGUGUUUCAUUUAUGCGAUUGCUAUGGUUAAACUGGUAUUCUUCUCACUACGUGACGCGUGAAAAAGCCGCAGACAUGAUACCUUUUUUUGUAAUUAAUGGGGAUGUGGAUACCACCAGUUAGUAACUGUAACGUAACUGGCAGUUACAAUAACAUACUUCUUGUGAUCUGUCAAAAGUUUGCUUGUCUACGUAUUUUGAAUAAGUAAUCAUAGUAUUUCUUCUAUAAAUAAACUACACAAAGAGUUGGUGUCAAAACAAGUUGGAUAUAGCUGUUUUCUAAAAUGAUAGAGCUCGGUUUGGUGUUACCGAAACCAUGAAUGUUUGAUCCACAUCCCUAUUCUAUGAUUAGCUAUAAACUAGUUUUGAUUAAAAUUAACUAACACUGGAGUUGUGAAAAUGCAAGCAAUGGAAGCAAUAAUGUCGUAUUUACAAAAUACGUGUAACGUAUUCGCACAAAUUAACUUUUUAACACUAAUAUUUUUAUUAGUCAGAUACGCUUGUAACGGUAGUGAUAUGUCAGGUUGUUUAGAAACUAAUCACAGUUUAGGUGCUAUAUUAAAAUCUGUUUUUCGAUGUUUUUUGCUUUACGUGUUGCUAUAAUACGCUUGGCCUGUGAGUGUAUCAUCCAAACAGGUUUUAUGGGCUGACUUGGUCUUAUGAAAAAAAAAAAUUAGGACUACCGCAAUUUUUCGUAGAUAUUAGAAUAAGUUAAGGUUUUUUUAGUGAUGUUCUCGAAGCAUAGAGUUGUGUAUUCACUGUGCAAUAAUUGACGCGCAACAAGUGACGAUUAACAUGUUUCGAAACGGAUCUUUUCGUCAUUUUUUUGUUGAAAUUCAUGCGUUGUUAUGCUACGUUGCCAGCAAUCACGUGGUUCGCGACCAUUAUUGCCUUGUGUAUACACGGCUUUAGAUCUAUUGAUUGAUGCUUUUCGAUACAAAACAAUGUUGUAACGUCCUAAUAUUUUUUCCAGCAAUAAGACUAUACUCGUAUAAAAUUAAAGUCAGCACCGUUAUAAACCUUGUUGUGUAAAUAUAAUUUGUUAUUAUUAAUUUGUGAAUAUUUCGACUAGUCUAUGUAAAUAUUAAUUUGUUGGCGGAUAAGUAGUAAUCAACUACGAAUUCUCAUAUUAAAUGUUUCGAUUCUUCUGUUGAAUUUCUAUGACAAAAAAACACAAUUUAUUUAUAAGGAAUUGAAAUAGUUACUGUGAAGUCAGAUUUCUUAUAACAGGAUUUAUGCCUAGCACUUUUAUUUCUAAUGUUGUUGACAAUGUAAGUUAAAAGCAAUAAUGUUAACGUUAGCCUUGCCCAGUUAAAAAUGGUGCUAUAGAUGUGAUUGCAAAAUAAAAGUGCCUUUAUCAAUAUAGAAACCGGUUUUCUGCUGUUUACUGAAGAAUAUAACAUAUUUUUAUACAUAUUACAUUGCCCCAGUAGAUAAAUGAUCAUUGUGAAACUAAUAAUGGUUAAAAAUGUUGGUUGCUAUCAUAUUGCAAUCAAUAAAGUAAUAAAACAUAGGUUUCUUUCUUAUAGUACACAUUCAUCUAGGGAUGUUUUAAACAAGUGUGUUUUAUCCUAUCCACGAAAUAUCCUACUAUGUUCUCUUAAUAGAGUUGUUUUUUCUUAUAAUUAUUGUAUAUUUUCUGUAAGUGCCAUAACACGUACACACAAAGCCUGGGCUUGUGGAAAUCAGAACUAUUCUGUUCUUUACCUAUAACGUGAAAAGAUCUGUAUUUACGUGUAUGUUAUUAAUUAAGUAAUAAAAAUAUAAUUCACUAUCACAGUAUAAAAGUCUAUAAGAUUUCUGUUAAAAUACAUUACAUUUAUGUAUGGAACAAUUAAUUGCUAUUGCGCUAUUCGGAACACAUAUAAUAGUGAGUACGUUUUGUUGUUCAUCCGAUGUGUUUCGGUCUUAGACAGUUAUAAAACGUGUAGUCUGUAAGUUUACUUAAAAAUGUAUAAUUAAAAUGUCUAUACUUUGUUUAUUGUAUUAAACGUUUACAAACACAAAUGUUUGUUCAAUUUGACGAUAAAAUAUGUGGGUCAUGAGUAGAAUGGAACGUAAAAGAAUGUACGAAAAGAAAAAAAGAAAAAAAUUCUUCAAAAUAAGGUUUAUGCCCUUCUCGCUUACACUACGUUAUUUUAAAUUCUUUCAGCUUAUUCACUCGUAGUUCGGUCUCCUUCAUUGUCUUUACGGUCCAUUUUAUUCGUAUCUUACACAUAUUAUAUUAGGUGUGACCUAAUAAUACUCAUAACGCUGUUGAGAAGUACAAAACUAACAUAGCCUCGUAAAUGUAUGUAUAUAAAUAUUACUUAUUUACACUUUAGUAAUUAUUAACACAAGUUAUACAGCUAAAAGUUGCCGCUUUGCUUGUUAAAAAAGUGUAAAAGUGUCUUAUAUUUAAUAAUAACAUUUGUUAAAUACAUAAAAAGAGAUAAGAGGCUACAAUGACUAUAAAAAUUUAUGCUUAUAAUUACGUAGUCUUCCAUUGUUCUGUUAAAAGUGUAACUGCUGAGUUAAAUUUUAAUAUAACGUUGUGUAAAAUGUAUGUUCACUUAGACCUAAAAGUUUAGUUUAGUUAUAACGUUGUGUAGAUACUGCAACAUCACGCUAUUCAUGAACCAAAAAUUAUAAAAAAACGAUAUUAAAAUAUUUCGAAUAUAAUUUUGAGAGCAGAACAUGUCAAAAAUAUUAAUCGAAAAAUCGUGAUUUUGGUGCUAAAAUACAACCAAGUUUUUUUUGGAUCGAAAUAACAACAGAUUUUGUGCAGGGAAGAUUUUUUUUACAUUUCCAUAUUGAGGAAGUUUUCUUUUGUUGUCUGUAGUUCCUGUCACUACGUUUAUUUGGUUGUGAUUGUGACAGUGAAAAUAGUUUUUCGCUGUUUCUAAUAACAUUGAAUGUUAAUUGAAAUGGCAAAAUGUUAAUUAAAUUAGCAAGGAAUUAUCAAAUUAAAUUUCGGGGUAAAAAAGUAUGGUGUUAGAACUAAAUUGCCGUUGCCUUUUAGAGGUAAACAUUUAUCAGCAAAAAAACAAGUUUCUCAAAAACAAAAUCUCAAGUUAAUAUGAACACUUACCAUGAAGAUUUUUUAUGUAGAUACUCGUAUACAAAAACCAUUACGACAGUUAAUUAUUAUGAAGUUUUGUUUUCAAACGCAGAAAUCGUAAAUACCAUAAUCUGGUAUAUUUUUUAUUUGACUUAAAAAUAAAAUCCACCUUGAUAAAACAAGCCUAUUUUCAGUGUCGAAUAUACUAUUUAAUGCGAAUCUUUACGCAACGUAUCGAUUGUUAUGUAAUUUGUAAAGUGAGUAAGCAAUGUAAUAAGUAGCUAAUAAACAAUAAUACAACUAAUAAA